AUGGCCGUUAAACAAUGGGUCUCGUCCUUAAAGGGUAUUGACGGCCUUAGCCAGACCGAAGCUCCAAUGCCUGCAAUAGGGCCAAGCGAAGUAUUGGUGGAGAUCCAUGCUGUCUCUCUGAACUACCGCGACGUGGAAGGCAAGCCAACUGCCAAGAAUGUCUGUGCAGCAUUUAUGCUGACCGAGACUUCCAGUGACUAA